AUGUGGAUAGAGAUUGUGGGCUCAAACAAACCGACCAUCGAGUGCAGCUUGUUCUGUAAAGGAGAGAGGGUCUACUGCCCAGGGAUGCUGGACACCAGAGCAGACGUGACCAUCAUCGCCCUCUCCAAGUGGCCAGGGAAUUGGGAAGUGGAGCCAGUGGCAGGUAUGAUCUCCGAGAUUGGUGGAGCUGCAGUAUCCAUGAGAAGCAAACAAAAUGUUGUCAUCGAAAGACCCGAGGGCAAGAUAGCGACCACCCGACCAUUCAUGACAUUAAAGACUGUUUCUUUAACAUCCCGCUCCAUCCUCAAGACGCACCACGGUUCGCCUUCUCCAUCCCCUCUCUUAACGAACAAGCCCCACUCAGAAGAUACCAUUGGCUCGUCCUCCCACUGA